CUCAUAUCUUGACCUCCGAACCAACUGCCAUUGUCAUUGUCAUUUCCAGCUUCAUAAUCCUGCAUUAACCAUGUCUGUAUUGCAUACUCCCCCAACAUCCCCUUCUAAUUCUCAGACUUCCGGCAAUGGGUUCCGACCCCUCACACUCACUCAGGCAGAUAUUGCAGCUACAAUGUCAAUGGCUGCAUCUCGCAUCCGAGCGUCCAUCUCUCAAUAUCAGAUGGAGGCUGCCCACACCCAGGAGCCAUCUGCUACUCGGAUCACGCACUUUAAAGCCGGGCUGCAAUGGGAGAUAGCUACUUUUGUGACUCCCAUCCUGCAGUACUCAGCUGCAAGGAACAUCAUUUCGGUUGUUCCGAGCCCGGUUGCUCAUAUUCUUCAGUUGAUUCCCGAGCUCACCUGGAACAUGGUUCCGGACCACAUCUUUUCAUCCACCUAUGCCAGUUUUCAAGACGUUGCAGAUCUGGGGGAUCCCUCCCGCAUUGUAUUCGCUAAUUGUGUCUGUCACUACCAGCAUUGGCUAUCUGGCGUUGAGGACGAACGUCUUGUUGUUCCCGAGCAGGCACUGAGGUGGAUGAGGGAACGCCUCCUGACAGUGAUUGAGGAUCAACAAGCUGGCAUCCGUGAAAAGAUGGCAGAGAUUCAGAUGUACACCGCCGUCCUAACCAAAUUGAACCCAAGGGGACCAGAGUAGUUCUAGUCCUUCAGUUCAGAAUGUUGAAGUCUAAAUUCUG